AUGCCUACCACCAUAAAAGACAUACCCAACGAAGUGCUCAAGGACAUUCUGGUGAAAGUCCGCGAACAAGGCGGCUACGACGCACUGCGCAUGGCUGUCCUAGUCUCUCACCUCUGGAACGACGCGGGCUCACCAGUGCUCUACGAGCACGUGGUCCUCGACAACGCCAACAUCAAGGCCUUCCUCGACAGCACUUUCGACAAGUACAUCAACAUCUGGGCUCUGACUGACCACUUGCACAACCUUACGUGCUUCGGCCACGAACUUUGCGAACGAGCGGCGUCGAGCACGUUCGCGGAGGCCAAGGAGAUGUACGCAAAGCCUUUGCUCUCUGAAGAGCAGUUGAGGGCUAAGCACAAGAGACGCAUCCGCAAUCGCAAGCGUACUUGGGAUCACGUUCAUUCCUUGACUCUGAAUAUCACACCCGAGGGUACUGGAAAUCUCCGUUGGGAAGAGCGAACCAGACGCAACGGCGGUAAACUGACUCCGGUGGAUGUUCAACUGAUGAGAUUGGCAGGCAUGUCGCCUCGUCAAUUCCCACUUCUUGAAACUUUCUCGCUCUUCACAGAAGAAAAGCAUUUCGAAGACCUUACGGAGAUGCAGAGAAAAGGGCCCGGUUUCUUGGACACUCGGGUCAUCCUUGAGAUUGUCCAAUCGUUGCCAGAGUCUUGCGUCAACCUUCUACUCGACACCAACGCCCGCGAUAUUCAUUUCGGCGCAACUUCUCCUCGUAUGUGUCUGCUGCUUCGAGAGAUGAUGCCGAGACUGCGCCGUUUGUCGCUCAGAGUAUCGUACGUCUGCGAGUCCAUGAUAGUAAAGUCGCAAGAGAGAGACGAAGAGACCGAGUACGUUCAAGCACCGCAUUUGCGUAGUUUAUCCAUUUCCUUCGUAACCAGGGAGAUCCCUCAUUGGUUCGACUUGAUGUACACUCGCAACGUCUGUAGAAGAACUCAUCUCGACGCCACAACACAGCUUCCCAACGACGAUCCUUUGAGCUCGACCGGCCAAUCGGGAACGAUUCGCUUCGCCGGAGCUCUCCAACAGGCGUACAGUCAGGGAUGUUAUCCUCAAGCCGAGAGCAUCCAGAUCAUUUCGCCGCACAAGAUCUAUCGCCGUGGUAAUCUGUGGUCAGAGAGAGUCAGUGAUCAGAUGAUACUCAUCAGAGACUGCAUCAGCGACAAAACUCAUGCACUUCGUUUCAUACCAUCCAACGAGUACUAUAAGUAUGAUCAAGAUCGCGCCAUCAUUGACCGUUCCGGCGACUUCGCGAUGGGCGAUCAACAGCUACUCAAAGUCUUUGUAGAAGCCGACGGAUGGUAUAAGACAGACAGGUACAGCGCCAUACUGCCCAUCGAGACACCCGAGGUCCACUUCGAAAAGAGCCCGUUAAGGACGCUGUCGCCGACAGAGCUUGAGUACUUCAUCGAAAGUCUAUCCAGGGAGCGUCAUGAGAUGUUGCAAAGUCUCCAUGAAGAUCUGACUGAAGGAAAGAGACACCCGGGAAGAGUCUUCGAGUUUGAGGGAGCCGCUUUUGCGUUCAAGGACUUCAUUCCCGAGAAUUUCUGA